GGAGAGGGUGAGCGCUGUGGGGAGAGUGUCCCUCGGCGCGGCAGCGGCGGCGGCUAGCGAAGCGGGCUUGACGGCACUGCAGCAAGCCGCGGGUUCUGUCAAAGAUGGCGGAGGGCGAUGCGUCGGUCGGCGGAAAUGCGGACCUGGGUGAGAUCGACCUCACGUGGAUGGACAAGCUGCGGAAGAUGGUCUCCAGCGACGCCGAAUGGGAGGCCAUCAUCCUGAAGAAGAUGGAGGAGAAGAGGAACAGAGAGAUGGGCAUCGAGACACAAGAGGAACAGCCGUCGGUGCUGGCCUCUGUGGGUGGCCUCUUCAGCAAGAUCAAGUCUUACAUCCCGACACGCAAAGGGGGCGCUGAUUUCACUUCCGCCUCUGGAACGCAAGGAGGGCCCAACACAGACAACCAGACUGCCCUCGAUGGCAGCAGAGAGGUCAUGGAAUCCCAGUAGAACCGUGGGCCUGGGCACUAGCAGCUCUUGAGGCCACAUUCCAUGAAGAACCCUCCUUCCAGCACCGUUCCUUUCUCUUGCUCGUGGCGGUAACCAGCGACUGACAGCAGCCGUUUGUUUCUGCAUGUCGGCUGCUGAAUCAGUGGCUGACACCGUACACCGUCAAUUAUGCAGCACAAACAAGCGGAGUGGUGGAUAAGCGUAUUACUUGAACACGUGAUUUGGCCAAGAUAAUUUUUUCUUCCUUCUUUGUCCCUUGUUCUAAACAGGGUCAGAGUCGUAUUUGCAGGUGCCAUUUGCGGAUGAUAUUUGACCGCUACAGACAAAGGAGAAAUGAUUUGUUAUAUUUUUCUUCCUGAAAUAGUUGUGCCAGGUGCACAGAUGUGGCGUCAGUCUUUCAAAGGAGUCACUAUUUUUGUUUUCUAGAUUUUCUGUGUAAUGAAAGUCUUUUUUAAUUACUUCCAUGUUACUGCAAAGACUUAAUAUCACUGUGACAUAGAUGCUGCAUCGAGUAUGUUCAUAACGUAAACGGCAGAAACUUACAUGUAGUUAGACUUGCCGUAGCACUCAGCAAGACAUUUAGGUGCAUGUUAAAGAGAACGAGUAGACAGCGCAUAUUAGUUUAAUUAUUUCAAACAGACAGAUUUCCAAAAGUGCAAACAAGUGUAACUAAUAAGUGUUAUUCUGUCGGCCUUAGGGACUAAGUGCUUGACAAAAGUCACAACUGCACCGAGAUUGACCACAGUCAUUGCCAUGAAAGAUCAUGUGCUCCAAUCUUGUCUCAAACGGAUGCAACCCUAGAAGAGCUGUAAAAUGUGUCUAAGUGUCACCAAAAGACAAUCCCCAUUCUGGCAAGCUAGUUUCGUGCACAGUGUCAGCAUACAACGAGCAAGACUCAAAGAAAGAUGUAGUCACAAGUGCUGAAGACAGCCUGUGCUACCUGUAAUACUGCCACUUUCAUAAGGCCAACUUUGAUUUAUAUCCACAGCCACAAUAUGCUGUAUUGGAGAAGCGAGUUGGGCUAGUUGUUGCGUAUUGAGUACAGGCAUAACUAAUUAGCUCAAAAAUACAACAGACAAGGUGAAGACAACAGACAACGCCAUGUACUGUCUGUUGUCUUCACCUUGUCCGUAGAUUUUUUGCACUAAUUAGUUAUGUCUGUACACAAUAUGCUGUCCUCGUGUGACACACACUAUGCGGGUCAACCACAUGAAGCUAACAGAAAACUCUUCGUGUGGUUGUGGCUGUAAAAAAAAAAAUCGGGCUUCUCUAUUUUGCUCCUUCUUGUUCACCACGUUAUGGAGGUUUUGUUUGUUUACUGCAAAUGUGUGUAGUGUACCGUUAUCUGUGAAUAUCGUUUUUCAUUAAUUGUGCCAGCACAUAAGCUUAGAUAAAGUUUAUAUAGUAGCUUCAUUGUAAUCAUACAAGCCUAGUAUGCUCAUUUUGUUUGAUUGCCUGUUUUCUUUUCAAUAAUCACUGUAUUGAAUUUCAGAAACUCUUGUGUAGAUAUGGUUGUGAACUGUUAUAGAAAUACACUGUGAUGUUUGGGAUUUUGUUUCCAUUUACAUAGGAACCAUGUGGUACACUAUGGCUGAGAUUAGUUACUAUGAACCAGCACUUUCUGAUGAACUGUUAGUAAGUGCCCCUGUAGGUCUGUGUAGUUAGCACGAGAAUAAAGUAGCAAUGAGUAAAAUAGACUAUAGACAUUAUGAUGAAGAGUGAACUAUGCUGAUGCACUCAACUUUCACAGGCAGUGGUGUGCUACUCAACAAAGCAUAGGAUUGUGUGUAAGAAGUGCCUGAGCAGAUUGAUCAUAUGCAAGAAUUAAGCUUGACACAUUACCUGAGAUAAUCUGCAAUGUUACAUUUUGUUAAGCAAGUGGAGCUAUGAAGAAUUUUUUUCAUGGCAUUGCACAGAUCUGUUAACAACAGCAAGUUGUUUUCCAUUUCCUUUAAAAAAUGUAGCUGUGCACUUUGUAUCAGUAAUCCAUAGCAGUGUAUGCCUGCUAAAUAACCUUUACAAUGUAUUAUUUACAAUACGAAAACCUAGUCACCUAUGAUGCAUAUCAACUCUUUGUUUGCCCUUCUGCUUAGGCUGUAGCAUGUACAAGAGAGAUUGACAAUACCAAGUGAUCGGAUAGUUUUUGAAGCACAAGACUCUACUGCAUUUUUGCAGCAUAACCGAAACAGGGAGGAGAAAUAUAUGAGCACCAACUUUCAACACCGGCAUGGCUACACGUAAAGAGCAAUCACAGACUUUCACAAACUGAAAGCCAUUGCUUGUGGUUGCAUGCCAAGUCUACCUGAAGAACAAUCGUAAGUCAAGAUACUUAGAUGUUGGUACGUGAGAUUACUGAAGCUGCAGAGAUAACUAGGCAACAAGAGCUCAGUGCCUAAGCAUUCCCUCAAUCACACUGGCAAGUAAAGAAUCUAUGCUUUUGUGUGCAAGAUCUUGGUCGUGUACCGAUUUAAUGCUUCUUGCAAUAAUCAUGUUCAAAGGUCUUUCACUACUGGUGCUUUGCAAACGUUUAGUUGCUCUUGCCUUGUAAACAGCUUCAGUUUGUGAAGAUCAUGUGAUUGCUCUCUCUAUAUCGAUACAUGGCCUUUACAAAAUAAAGGUCACUGAUGGUUGUGGCUACCACUGUCUGUUCUCUUGCCUACAUGCGUGUCCCUGUGAAAAGUGUAGCGAAAAUCACCAUCGAGCAUUACACAAAAUCCUAAAUUUAUUAUGCGAAAUCCCUGAUGCAAGAUGUGUAUGGCUGACGCAGUGAGCCUUCAACUGCCUAAAAGGGGACUUGAAUUCUGUGAUGGGGUGUCUGAUGCAGCUGUCGUUACUGGAAAUGCUAACCCCGUGUGUUCUAUUAGUGUGUUUUCUUAGAAUAGUGCCUGUCCUGUAGCCACUUUACUCUUGACAGCAUAAGCAGCUGUCUCCUAGAAACAUUCUUUCUCUUGAAAAGUCUGUGCUGCCGCUCUCCUGUAUGAAGUGGUAACACUAAAGUUAGCAACGUCUGUCCAUACUCUCAACGAAGAAUAUUUAACUUUUAUCAAGUGUGUAACAGUGAGCGUCAACUACAGCACAGUCAGUAGUCAUGGUUUAGACUAGAAACAAAGAAAUGGUGGUGCUGAUGUCUCUGUGUAUUUUAGACAUCUAAGCAGAGUGCUUCAUGCGAGUUCACUAUUAGUGGUGCAGCCUAUUUUCAACAGAAGACUCAAACGUUUUUCAAAUAGACUAGUCAUAUGUUUCCUGUUCCUUGCCUUAAUCGUUGACAUCUAUGAGUGUGACUAGUGCUCUCUGUAUUAUAACAAAGGGUACUUCUCGUAAAAUAGAUUUAUGCAUCUCGUUCUUUUAUAAA